AUGCCUACACCCCUCUACAACGCCCUCAUUCGCACACACCACAUCACCUCCCGCAAAAAGGUCGCCGCCUUGAAACGUGCCGCCGACACACAUAGCUGCUUCGUGCUCCUUCGCUCCGGCGGGUGUCCGGGGAUCAUGUACGUUGAGGGACUGGAACAAGGCCAGGUGGAGGGGUGGGUUGGAGUGGUGAAGAGGCUGCGAUAUAAGGAUUUCCAGUUGGUGCGUAAGCCGGCGGAACUUGUUCCUGAAUCUGGAUCUGGAUCAGAGGUUAUACCCGAUGACCUGAGCUUGGGACGCGCGACGGGCAGAGAUGUUGGGUUGAAUGAAGUUGAGAGCGUGAAGGAGUUUGGGAGUCUGAUGGCUCAGCGCGGGGUUUGGGGGUGGUGGAGGAAAGGGAUGGGAUAUUCUUGA